UCUCUUCAUCCCCAGGUGGACGGUGAUCGCGUGGAGAGUCGCCUCAACAUCACGGGCGUGCGGGUGGAGGACGGGGGCGUUUGGGGCUGCGUGGCCACCAACAGGGCGGGGCGGGUGGAACAUACGGGGCGCCUCAACGUGCGGGGCCCCCCAACCAUCCGCCCCAUGGCCCCGGUGAGCGUGGUGGCGGGGCGGACGGCAAAGUUUGACUGCAUCGUGGCCGGGUUUCCCAUAGACUCUAUAUACUGGGAGAAGAAAGGUGUGGUGCUGCCCGUGUCUGAGCGGCAGGAGGUGCUGGCCAACGGGACCCUGGUGGUGGAGCAGGUGUCGAGGGAGGCGGACGGCGGCCAGUAUACCUGCGUGGCGGCGGCGGGAGACACCACGGCCCGAGCCAACCUGGUGGUCAACGUCAUGGUUCCUCCCAAGAUCGACGAGCGCAUGAUCUCCCUGGGCUCCGGCUUCCCCGCCAAGUCCCGCGCGCGCAUCAUGUGUGUGGUGGACCGCGGGGACCUGCCUCUCUCCUUCACCUGGACCCACGACGGCCGACCCAUCUCAUCCACCUCGCCCAUCUCCAUCAAGUAUCUUGACGAGGUGACGAGUGUGUUGCUGUUCCCGGCGCUUCGUGAGGAGGACGGCGGCUCAUAUACGUGCACUGCUACCAACGCCGUGGCCUCAGACGCGCAGACCGUGAACCUUGUGGUGAAAGUGGCCCCCUCGUGGAAGGAAGAACCCCAGGACGCCUCGGUGGUGGUGGGCGCGGACCUGGUGCUCCCCUGCGCGGCCCACGGGUCACCGGCGCCCACGGUCACCUGGAGAAGGGCCGAGGGUGCCGUGCCCAGACAGUACCGCCCCGUUACUACCCUGGGGGACAACGUGAGGGUGGAACGUAACCGCAGCCUGGUGGUGUCGGGCAUACGGCGUCACCAGGGCGGGGAGUUCCUCUGCAGCGCCUCCAACGGGGUGGGAUCCGACCUGUCCAAGAGUGUGUCCGUCACCGUCAAGGUGCCGCCGCAGUUCGAGGAGGCCGAGGUGAACGUAACCGUGACCGCAGGACGAACCGCUCGGCUGGUGUGUGAGGCGCGGGGGGACCUGCCCAUCACCGCGAUCUGGUCCCACGGCUCCCCGCCUGUCAGGAUCUCCAGAGGGAAGAGCAACGGAGGAAUGACAGUCAGGGACACAAUUCUCAACGGCACCUCCUCCUCCUCCUCCUCCUCCUCCUCCACGGAUUCGUCUUCCUCCUCGUCCUCCUCCUCGUCCUCCUCCUCCUCCUCCUCGUCGCGGGCGGAGGAGGGUGAAGGCUUGCGGUCUGUGCUGACGGUGCCCACGAAGGCGCGACACGACUCUCAGGUGUUCUUCUGCCUCGCCUCCAACGUGUACGGCAACGACACCAAGAAGAUCAACCUCGUGGUGCAGGAGGUGCCGGGCACGCCGGGCACCCCGCGUGUGGUCGGCAGCGGGUCACGGGCGGUCAACCUCACCUGGACGCCGCCGCCUCAUGACGGCAACUCCCCUGUGUCCCUGUACCGCGUCCUGGUCAUCAACAGCACGGACUCGUGGAUGAACAUGGGCCGGAUCAGGGCGGUGGAGGUUGCCGGCCCCAGCGCCCACGUCCCCGGCCUGGCCCCCGCCCACGCCUACCUGGUGCGGGUGGUCGCUGUCAAUGGCGUCGGCACCUCCCAGCCCAGCCCUGAGGUGCGGGUGUCGACAGCCCACGAGCCGCCCACGCUGCCGCCGACCAAUGUGCGGGUGAUACCUAUUUCCUCGACUAGUCUCCGCGUCACUUGGCAGCCCCCAGAUAUCCCCAGCCCCAGACACCGGCCGGGUCUCGGCUACUACGUGGGGUACAAGGUCGCCAACUCCUCCGAGCCGUUCCGUUACCACAACCUGGAAGCCUCGGCAGCGGCCGUCUACCGCCCCGAGGCCACGCUGAAGGGCCUGCACAAGUUCACCAGUUAUCUCAUCACCGUCCAGGCCUUCAACGCUGCCGGGGCAGGACCCAGGACGCCCCCGCUCACCGCAGCCACCGAGGAGGAUGUCCCUAGCGAGCCUCCACGUGACGUCCAGUGCAACAGUCUGUCAUCCACCUCGCUGCUCAUCCGCUGGACUCCGCCCCUCGCAUCCGCCAUCCACGGGGUUCUUCAAGGCUACAAGAUCAUCUACCGGCCUGUCCACCCAACCAGGUUCUUCCACCCAGACGACCUGAAGGAGAAAACCGUGUCGACAGUCUCGUCUCCGCUGCUUGGGCUGGACCGCUACACAAACUACAGCAUCACCCUCACUGCCUACACCCGCAGAGGCGAUGGCGUGCGCUCCUCAGCCAUCUACUGCAUCACGGACGAGGAUGUGCCCGGGCCGGUGGAGGCGGUGAAGGCGCUGGCGGUGGACAGUCAGAGUGUGUUGGUGGCGUGGCGGCCGCCCAACAAGCCCAACGGAGUCAUCACCAAGUACACCGUGCACGUGGACCAGGCGGACCAGCAGGUCGGUGCCUUGGGUCCCUGGGGCAUCGCUGGGGCACACGGCAGCGGGAUGGGCAUGGGGUCAGUGUGGGAUGUGGGCGGGGGCGAGGGUGGCGGUGGGGGGCGGUCAUGGGUGGUGUCGGGUGGGGAGCGUCAGUACCUGGUGGCUGGUCUCGCACCCGCCACCACCUUCGGGUUCUCGGUCCGCGCCUCAACGUUGGUGGGUGACGGCCCCCCUGGCGUACGGGUCACCCAGCGCCCCCGACCAGACGCCCCAGCAGCCAUCGCCUCGUUCUCGGACAAGACGAUUGCCGUGUGGGGGGAGGAGCUGCGUCUGGCCUGCCGUGUGGUCGGGAGUCCCACACCCACACGCACAUGGACCUUCAAUGGCAAGGGCAUCCCCCGUAACCAGGGCCGGGUGAAGGAGUACCCCGAUGGCAGCCUGCUGGUUUCGGAUGUGAAGGCUCGCGACGCAGGGAACUACACUUGUACCACCGCCAACCUGCACGGGUCCGACGCCAUCACCUACUCCGUCAACGUGCAGGCCUCCCGGGACCAAGGAGUUCCGCCGACGCCUCCGCUGGUCUAUGUGUCGGACGUGACCUCCUCCACGCUGACGGUGCGAUGGCGCUCCACGAACACCGGCGGCGCCCCUAUACUGGGCUACUACCUCCACGAGAAGCGGGAGUUCGGGGAGUGGCAGCGCGUGGAAGUGCCGGAGGAUGCGGACUCCUACACGCUGACGGGCCUUCAGUGCGGCACGCGUUACCAGGUGUAUGUGACAGCCUUCAACCACGUGGGCGCCUCCCAACCCAGCGAGGCCAUACCCACCAAGACACUGGGCAGAGAGCCCAUUGUGCCGGCCCAGUCCUCGCUGCUGCGCGUCAACGUCACGUACAUCUCUCUGAACCUGGCGGCCUGGCUGGAUGGCGGCUGCCCAAUCACAUCGAUGGUGGUGGAGUACAAGGAACGUGACAAAAGCUCGUGGACGCUGGUGUCAAAUCACGUGCGGUGGGACAACACGAGUGAGUUCCUGGUGCUGGACCUUAAGCCCGCCCACCACUACACCCUCAGAGUCACCGCCCACAACUCCGCCGGCUCCUCGGUCGCCACUUACCCCUUCACCACCCUCACACAUCUCGGAGCCACCUUGUCCCCCGAGUUGAUGGUUCACGACCGCGCCGGGGCCGUUCCGUGGUACCUGGACUCCCAUGUGCUUGUGGCGGUGGUGGUGGCCUGCAUCCUCGUCCUGCUCGCGGUGUGUGUGGCCGUCGCCUACACCUGCCGCCGGACCAACACGCACACACAGACGUACAAGGCGGAGGUCAACCACGUACACAACGACCUCACUCCUGACUCUGGCCUGACCUCGGAGACUCUGCUAGGCGGCCGCAGCUUGGAGAUCCUGGAGGCGUACACUCCCUCCACCCUCCCACUGGGCUCCUACGACGAGAUCUCCCCGUACGCCACCUUCAGAAUGCCGGGGGAAAGCAAGACCCCGCCCCCGCCACCCUUGCCUUCGCCCGACGUGAGCCUGGCCGACUCCACCUACUCCCGGGUGAAGCGCAAGUGUCCGCCAAGCCAAGACGGAGGCGUUCCCAACUCCUCCCGCCCCGCCCAGAGUGAACACACGUACGAGAAGGCUCCCAAGGGGCCCAAGGGUAAGGGAGCAGCCCGGGGACCCAACGGCAACGAGAAAGGAACAGCCAGCAAGGAGGCGAGUGGCUCUUCCGUCACCUCCGUCAGCUCCAACCACGAGGAGCUGGUGCGUGCCUACCAUGCCCACAGCCACACCAACGGCGGCCCAACCACACCCGAGUCUGGCCGCAGGAACAAGUGUGGUGUGGUGACGAGCAGCGAGGUCACCACAGAAUCCGACACGCCCGCCGAGCCUGACCUGGUGUCCUUCUGCGCCUCGCUGGGCAACAACCGAGCCCUGCGUGUCCCGGCCCUCUUCAAGCAAGACGGUGACUACCAGACCGUGGCGGACAUGGUCGGUGGUGGCCGCUCCCGAACCGAGUCAACCACCAGCCACGAGGAGAGCUCAGAUGAGGCGAGGACAGCAUCGUCGCAUCGCAGGUCCCGCGCCCAGGAAUUGCAGGCCAGGCAGGGUCACCGGCCCUCCCGCGGCGACCCGGACUACAGCUACGCCAGGCCAGUGAAGAAGCAGUGCCCUCCUCCGCCGCCUCUCUCAUCCACGGAAAGCAACAGCGCUGAGUACGGCGAGGGCAGCCAGACCACUUACAGCCGCCGCCACACACUGGAGUUCUCCGAGGCCGAGUGUGACCACCCCUCCAUCAAGCAAGGAGUGGAGCCUCUGGAGCAGCUGAUGGUGGACCUGGAACUGGAGAAGAUGGUGAUCGAGGCCAGCAAGACGGCCCUCUGACAUUUCUAGAAGUGCUGAAGUCCAUCUCCCAGCACCAGCACCAGCACCACCCUCUACUCAUAUUACUAGAGGUGUUGGGGGCUCUAAACCACCACCACCAUCACCACCACUAUGACAUGUGCACACUGCUUUUUGUUACCUUUGAUACACAUAUACACUCAACACUUACACACACACAAAGAAAAUUCAGCUUCCAUAGUACAGUAAUAACGUCAUCAGGCCUUCGUUGAUUGCUGCUUUGGUCGCUUCCCCUCGAGGCUUCUUUGCUUUACUGACAGGAAGGUUUUGAUGCUGCCAGGGCUUCGUCGCUGUGAGGUGGCCUGUGGUGAUGUGCGAUUGUUUAUUUCCUGUGCAAUUCCUUGGGUGGCUCAUAGUUAAGUUAGAGGUGCGCACAGUUCACUUCACUAACCACUAUUCCACAGAAGUCAAUAAUGGAUCAUGGUUAGGUUGAAGUUACGAAUGCUUGGGUCAGCGCUGAAAUCUGUCGAAAGGUUGGAUUCACGGCCAGCUGGGUGGAGGUUUUGGCUUGUUGGGUUACCGAGUGUUGGUCGUGGCUCAUACCAUACUGGUGGACAGCCUGGGAACUUGUGGUGAGGUGUAGAGGGAUAGGAACAGAGUGAGAGGUGAGGUUUUACCCAGAAGUGCUCGUAAGAACUGGUGGGCUAAUGAGAGUUUUACAUUGCUUUUGCCAUACUAGAAGAGGACCUGGGUUCUUGUGGUGAGGUGUAGAGGAAUAGGAACAGAGUGAGAGGUGAGGUUUUAAGUCCCAGAGAUGCUCGUAAGAACUGGUGUCAUGGUGGCUACUGGCUGGGUCGUGACUCAAGGCUUGUUUAUAGGUGGGUCUUGGCCUACUCUGAGGGGCUGCAGCUCUACUACUCAUCUUGAAAGGCUUGGCAUGGGCUUACACUCGUCAGCCUUGUCCUCCAAACAGCAGCUCUCCGUUAAACCAUAAGAAAUUAAGAAAGCCAGGAUAUGAUAUUCUUUGGCUAUGUGUUUGCACAAACCCUUUGACAUGGAGGAUAUAAGACUAUACAACCUCCCUGAGCCAAGAUGUACUUCUGCUGGGUCACAGAAACACCAGGCUGGCGGCACACCUUGAUACAGCUUCUCAGUUGGUGGUCUGUGUGCAGGCUUCUGCGUGUGAGUCAGUGUUAUGUCCAAACUUCUCCUUUGAGUCUCAUGCCUUGCUCAUGACACUACAUCUGAGGGACAGAAAUACCAAACGUACACACCUUGACAGGGCUUCCCAAAAGGUGAUCUGUGUGUUAAUGUUUCAGAAUCAAUAUUACAUUCAAACUUUACUGGCUUUACCCUUGAAAUAGUGGAAAGAACUUUGGGUGAGUUUAUCUAUGUAUGCUACAGUAGUGUGGUGCAGCUGGAAGCUUUUGUCAUCAUUUUGAAGUUAGCAAAGAACUGAGUUAAUGAAGUUGUCCUGCACACUGGCACUUGAGCAUCAUGCUAGUGGUUUGUGGAAGUCAUCAAGCCGGACUAGUGCAGUAAUUACAACUGGAAGGAAGAAUUAACAAGGUGCAGUGGUUGUAUGAAAAUAAAUGCCAUCACCAAGGUUGUAUGUGAAGACCAGUUACCAGACAAAGGAGCACACACACCCUUGGUGUGUGUGCUCCUUUGAAAGUGUGUCAAGGAUGCACACAUGGCUGUUCUGAAUGACUGGCAGGUACUGCUGGUGCACCAGGGUGGCCGUGUGUGACGCCUGGACACCAGAGGCGGCUGUUAAUGCUUGCAAGUACCAGGGGCAGAUAUCAAUGCUUACCAGGCACAUGAGUGUUUGUACACAAUACCCAGGUGGCAUUACAGGCCACCAGGUGUAUACUAGGUGCUUAUGUUACUGUUUACAAACUGCUGUGAUGGGGUGUGUGUGCUGACCUGACAGUUAUUGUUAUGUAAAUGCAUCUGAUACAGAGAAAGGUUUUAUAGGAUAACCGUGGACUAGGGACAAGGCAGGCAGGUCAUUACCAGAUACCUGAAGCUGUCACUCAUGGCCACCAGUUACCAGGGGCCAUGCACGAGAACCAGAGACUUUAUAAAGGAGCAAACUUGUACUACCAUGAUACUACUCACUAGGGCAAGGGAAGGUACAGUUACUCAUGAAUGAAGUCACUCACCCUGAGUAAGAGGUCAUGUAACUCAGCAUACAGUGUUGAUAGCAGUGCAUCUGAUGUCUCAAGUGGAGGUGGAGAGUGCUGGUGAGAAGUGUCGUUCAAAGCUUCGGAUGGAGUUGUUGCUGGCGAGACACUCCUACAGUUUGAGGCACUAAGUGUAAAAGGGGCGACUAAACUAAUUAAGGCUGUAUUCUGUUUUUGGUGGCAUUGGGCAGCCGCUGAAUUCUUGCUGCGUCGUGUGGUGAAGCGAGUUAAGUAAAAAGCAACCUUGAAGCGGGUGAUUCGUAAGCCUAAAGUUCCAUGAAUUUUCAAUUAAACUCGGCUGGCAUGGGGUGUGUAGAGUCUGGCGGUUGCUUCAAAACAUACGCUUGAAACUAUAAACAUGACAGUCACCCAUUUUUCACCAUGCCACGGUUCACAUGUGAGGCAUUCGGAGAAGAGACAUAAGGGACAGAGCUAUUUUUUUCUAGGUUGCACUGGGAAAGGAGGUUACAUAUUGCUGGAAGAACAAAGAGACAGCAGGGGAAAAGUGGCCUUGUAUAUGGUGUACCGAGGAUCACUUUCCCGUGGAGUUUGUAUCCUGUUCUUCCUGGGAUUUAUAGUCUGCCUUUAACAGUGAAAACUAGGAAAUAAUGGCUUUGUCCCUUUCUCCUUCUCUGCUGGACGUCUCAUUACACCUCAUUCAGAUAUCCGGUACACUCUUACCAACACUGAAUACUGCAAGUUACAAGACCUGUCACUCGGGGAAUGUCUUAUUUUGAGGGGCUGUCAGUGCAUACAUUACAGUGACUCGUGUAAAUAUAUCAAUGUAAACAAGACUACUAUGAAUUAUAUGUAAUGAGCUUCUUUACUGAAAUGUGAUAAAUAUAUAAAGGAAGGCUGAAGGAGGAGGAGAAUUAAUGAUGUUGAUUCUUAUAUUGUAAAGGCAUUGAUGUGGAGUUGGAGGAGGAUGUUGACUCUUAUGUAUUGUAAAGGCAUUGAUGUGAGGUUAUAAGUGUCUCAGGGUACUGGAGUGAGGAGGCGAGGGAGAACUAGACUAAGGUGAGUGGAUUCGACAAGGAAGGUUUUGGAAGGUUGUUUACCAUUCUUACAUAACCGAUGGAUCUUUUUCGAUGUGACGUACAGUUGCGAACGAAAGUAUCGGUCCGACGUAACUCUAAACUCACUGGGACUUACUACGGGCUUCAGAGGCAGUGUUCUCUUGUUUUUCAGGAAUAACUUUGUAAGAAUGUGUUGGAUUAAGUUCAUAUUUUAUCCAAUUGUUUCAGACCUCCCACUAAUAUUUGUCUGUCAUUUAUUAACCCUGUAGCUGCGGGGAUCAUGUUUCUAGAAGACCCCUCUAAGUGAGCAAAAUGAGUAAAAAUCAUCACUUAUCCAAACUAUUUCAUAACAUAUAUCAACGCAUUUGUGGUAAGUUUAUGUACCAUCUAUUUUGGAGGGCAAAAAUUUGGCCUGUCGCUGGUACACGGUAAAGCCACAAAUUUGGCCCAUCGCUGGUACAUGGUAAAGCCACAAAUUUGGCCCGUCACUGGUACACGGUAAAGCCACAAAUUUGGCCCAUCGCUGGUACACGGUAAAUAAUCAAGGCACCUCCCUUCUAUACGUAACAUAAAAUUCCACGUCAGAGCUGUCCUCCAGCACGAACGUAUUGUGAUGUCACAGCGACAGGAGAACAGCUCUUUGGCGUGGAAUUUUAUGUUGCGUAUAUAAGGGAAGUGCCUUAAUUAUUCACUUUUGUUAAUAAAUGACAGACAAAAGUUAGUGGAGGGUCUAAAACAAUCUCUGACAAAAUAUGAACCUAAUCCAACACCUUGUUACAGUUAGUCCUGAAAAACAAGGGAACACAGCCUUUGAAUCCCAUAGCACAUAUCUACUUGUCUUUUUCUACAUGGCAAGUUACUCUCAUUCACUCUCCUCUCUCCCUCACCCUCCACUGUCCUUUCUCCCUUCCUCACCCUCCACUGUCCCCUCUCCCUUACCCUUCACUCUCUCCCUUCCUCUCCCCUCACUCUCCUUCCCUGCUAGUUCAUCCCCCUCCUCCCCCUUCACUCUCCUCUCUCUCCACCCUCCUUUCUCCCUUUUUUCCCUCUAGUCUCUCCCUUCCUCAUUCUGCACUCUUCUCACAACUUUUCCCCUAUUA